UUGGUCGGGGGCAGGGCUGCCUGCCUGUCUGUGUGGGUCAGGGGGGAGGCCGCAGUCGGAGCAGAGGGGGCUGGUGCAGCGGCGCCGGGGACCCCGACCAGCCGGGAGAGCGGUGGGGCUGGGGGCCGAGCCUGCGCUGGAGGCCCGGCCAGCCACCUGGGGCCUGGGGCAGCCCGGUGGGGCUGGACCCCUUCUCCCCCAGCCACCAUGAUGUGGUCUAACUUUUUCAUCCAGGAGGAGGAGAGACGCCGGGCUGACGCAGCGCGGAGGAGAGCCCAAAGGCCCGGCCUGGCCCGGGAGCGCCGCGGCCCAAUCAAGCUGGCCCUGCUGCUGGCCGGCAUGGGCACGGCCCUGGCGGUGCUGGCCGUGGGCACCGAGUUCUGGGUGGAGCUGGGCACCAAACGGGGCAACGGCACGAGUGGCGUGUGUGAAGCUGCCCACCUCGGGCUGUGGCGAGUGUGUGCCAAGAGGCUCUGGCUGGAGGACCUGCCCCCCAACAGGGAGACCUGUGGCCCUGCUGAGUUACCUGGAGAGGCAAACUGCUCUUACUUCAGAUUCUUCACCACGGGGGAGAACAACCGGAUCCUGCAGAGGACAACGAAAAAAGAGCUGGGAGUAGCUGCAGCCAUCACUGCCACUCUGGCCCUGGCUAUCACGGUCCUAGGCUGCAUCUGUGUCAUCAUGGUCCUCAGCAAAGGCGCCGAGUUCCUGCUCACGCACGCGGCCGUCUGCUUCAGCCUCUCAGGACUUUUGUUGCUGGUGAGCCUCGGGCUGUUCCGCCAGGGGGUCCGGGAGCUGCUGGCCAGGACCGGGCCAGGCCCCGUCCCUUGGCUGGGGUACGAGUAUUCCUGGUCAGUGGCCUGCGCCCUCGCAGCUGCUGCCCUGCUGCUCCUGGGGGGCGGCUCCUUCCUGCUACUGGCUCUGCCCUCAAGCACCUGGGGGAUGUGCUGCCGUCAGCAUCCCGGGGAUCGAGGGGCUGGAGGUGCGGGAGCCACCUAACGGCCAGUUCCCUUCCACCAUGGGCAGGUUUCUUUGGGUCCCCCAGAGAUCCCUCUGACCCCCUGCCCGGCCUCAUGCCACGGAGCUGCUCAGAGAUCUCCCCAACCGCAGAGAGUGGGAUCUCCUCGGACCUUACCCAGCCUCAGGGACGGCAUCUCCUCUCCUGGCCCCAUGAGAGGGGCUCCUUUCGGGUGCCAGCUGAUGCCAAGGAAGAGGUCCCGUGGGUACGAGUGAACAACCUCCGGUUCCCGUCUGGGCCUCCAUCGCUUGCUGAGUCACAGAGAGACCUCUUCCUCUCCCCGUGCGUCUCUGGGGAAUAGAUUCCUUCUUCUCCCCUCUCUUUCCCCCUUGGCCACCAGCCCUCCCCCACCCCCGAAUGCAGGGAGUAGAUAGAUCCCUUCCGGCUCCAAGAAGCCCAGGAGUGGCUCCUCCAGCUUCUCCCUGGACCAAAGGAGCGGAUCCCUUGCUACCUCUGCCCAUCCACGGGGAGUCGACCCUUUGCCGGCGCCUCUCUGACAACUUCUCCUCUUCUUCCCUGAUCCCGGAGACCACUGGCUCCCCUCCAAUGGACCAUCCCCCCUCCCUCCCUUUGUAUAUAUGUUGUGCUAAAUCUUGGCGUACGGGGGUGGGUUCUUACAGACGAGGGUCCCUGCGGAGGCAGAUGGGGACCUGAUAGGGGCAGGGAGAAAUCGUAAGGGAUUCUUCUCCUUUGCCAUAAUUUAUUUAUUGGGGAAUAGAAUUUGCUUGGGACACGGGCGAAGUUGUGGACCGGGACUGCUCGGGUUCCACCUUCUACAGCCCAGGAUUAAAGCUGGGGAAUUGAAAUCA